AUGAACUUUGUUCUGCAGAACAAAGAGGUGGCAUUGGCCACCCUGACCACCCCUUUAAAACCAUCCAUGAGUACCAUUGUCCUGGACCAGAUGUGUUCAGGCCAUCUAAAAAGUAGCAUGCCAAAUUUGGGACAUUAUGCUUAUAAGACGGUGACAACUUUUCUAGGUCUAGUGUUGGAUUCUCAGAGAGGUAAAAUAGCAAAUACCACUGACACCAAGGAGCUGGCAAAACUGGGAAACACUUUGCUUCAGGCCACUGAAGUGCUGGUAACUGCUCUGGUGAAGCCAACUCCUACACAAAGCAACACCAGCAUUAACACCAGCACCUCAGAGGUCAGAGUCUUUGCUGUUGGACAGCAUACAACCCUUAAGAAACCCCUACAGCUGAACACGCCUGAUGCUCUCCUGGAUAUCGACCUCAUUGGUAUUUCCAAAAAUAACAAGGGAAAGGCUGCUGUCUCUCUCAUGACCUACAACAAUAUGGCAGAAAUGCUGAAACCCUCUCUCUUCCGCUCAGAGAACAACACAGUCAACACGAUGAUGUCCACCGUGGUCUCAGCCUCCCUGCCCAAGACCACCAACAAAACGUUAACCAAACCAGUUAACUUCACCCUGAAACACAUCAGUAAAUGGGAUCCCAAAGGCAACCUAUCCUGUGUGUACUGGAAUAUUAGUGAAUGGAUAGAGGAUGGCUGUAGCAUUGAAAACAGCAACUCCAGCCACACCGUGUGUUCCUGUGUACACCUGUCCACCUUUGCUCUCAUCAUGCAAACAGAGCCACACGAUAGCAAUCAUCUUUUGGAGCUGAUGAACAAGAUUGCCGUGCCAAUCGGGCUGGUCUUCCUCUUCUUGUCUGUGCUGAACUUUGCCCUUUUUUGGAAGAAUUCACGAGUGAGCAACACAGCUCGACUCAACCUCUGUAUCAGCCUGCUACUGGCCCAUCUCCUCUUCCUCCUCACCCAACAUUUCCUGCACUAUAUCAAACCCCACGAGAGAGUUUGUGCUGCAAUAGCUGGAACACUCCAUUUCCUUUUUCUCUCUGCGUUUGUGUGGAUGUUCAUUGAGGCCAUACUACUCUUCAUCACAGUCAAGAACCUAUCAAAGAUCAGAUCCAAACAGAAGGAGGUGGUUCACUGGGGAUUGCUGCUUGUGAUUGGCUAUGUGAUCUCUCUGGCCGUGGUCUCGGUGUCUGUGGGGGUGAUGCCUGAUGGAUAUGGCAGUGAGGAGUGUUGGAUUAAGAAGGACAGAGGCUUCAUCUGGAGUUUCCUGGGUCCUGUCUGCUUCAUUCUAGCAGUCAAUUUGAUUCUUUUCAUCGCCAUAAUCACCACUCUCAGAUGGACUCUAAUGAAUAUGAACAGGGAAGUCUCACAGCUCAGAUCCACCAGGACUAUGGUGUUCAAAUCCCUGGCCCAGUUUGUUAUCCUCGGUUGCCCCUGGAUACUGGGCUUCUUCACACAUGAAAGUGAGUCCGUGGAGAUUGUUUUCCUUUUCUUCAACUCCCAGCAAGGCACCUUCAUCUUCCUGGUCCACUGUGUCCUCAAUGAAGAGUCUAGCUUGUAA